ACACGGAAGUGGGUUAAAUGGGUCACAUUAUUUUCUCAUUCAUUUCUCUCAGGUGUUAGAGAGGUUUAGCGCUUUUAGGGAGAGACGGUUAGUUAAUAUUAUACAUGUUAAGCAGUUUCUCCUGGACGCUAAAGCACUGUUUUGAAAAGUGGAGAUUGUUAAGACGUAUAAACAAAGGAGACAGGAGUUAAAGCCUGGCAGUAAUGACGGAGAAAGGCUGCAAUCCGGUGGCCCGGACGGUACUGCAGCAGUGUUUGCAGGCCAGGCUGCAGGUGAAACCAGCAGAUGAACACUCCGAAGCUCAGUUUGUCCAGAUUAAAAGAGGGAUGGUGAUCUACAUCUGCUUCUUCAAAGGAGCCACAGAUGACAUCCUACCCAAGAUGGUGUCCACGCUGUUGAACCUGCGGCUGAGCGAGUCGGAUUCUGGGAAGAUGGUGUCAGUGUUGGACCUUCCCGGGAGUUUGCUGAUUGUCCCUCAGGCCACGCUGGGAGGAAAGGCCAAAGGCAGAGGCAUGCAGUACCACAACAACAUCAGCAAGGAGGAUGGGCUGCGACUGUACAGCGCAUUCGUUGCUCUGUGUGAGAAGGAGCUGAAUGCUGCUGUAGCUGAGAGCAGCGCUGAAGUGACAGUAAAACACGGGACCUAUGGUAACAGACAAGUGCUGAAGCUUGACACCAAUGGACCAUACACACAUCUGAUGGAGUUCUGAAGCUGAGCUCACCAUCUCAGAGACAACAUGUCAUACUAUUGUGUCUACCAAUGCAGCUAGAAAGACUGAUGUACUCGUAUCUGAGUUGUGCAUCUUUCAAUAUAAACAAAAUAAAAGAGAUUUAGAAUUUG